AUGAGGCAACAAAUGGUGUCUCCAUUGCAUGUGGAGCUUGAACCAGAUAACUAUGAUGUUCAUUUCAGGACAGAUCUUGUUUAUCAAAUGUGUGUUGCUGAAGAGCCUGAUAAUGCACUUUUGCUCGCAAACUAUGCUCGGUUCCUUCAUCUUGUCGUCAAAGACUAUGACAGGGCGGAAGAGUUCUACAAACGUGCAAUUGAAGCCGAUCCAGAAGAUUCUGAGGCGUUGGGACUGUUUGCUGAUUUCUUAUGGCAAGUGAGAAAUGAUCAUUGGGAAGCUGAAGAAAUAUACUCACAAGCCUUGCAAGUUGAUGAGAAGAACCCUUUUCAUGCAUCCAAAUAUGCAAACUUCUUAUGGAACACAGGUGGCGAAGGCACUUGUCUUGUUUUUGAUGCACCCGAAUAG